AUGCAAGUCCCAUUGAUUCGCCUGCAGUGCGGCUGCAACAGCUACGAGUGGGGAAAGGUCGGCAAGGACUCUGCUGCCGCUCGUUUCGCCUCUGCCACUCCAUCCGACUUUAGCAUCGAGGAGGAGAAGCCCUACGCCGAACUAUGGAUGGGCACCCACCCCAGCAACCCCUCCAAGGACCUGCAAACCCAGCGCACCCUGCUCGACCUCGUCCAAGACAAUGAAGCCUUGAUGUCGAGCGAGAUUUCGGAAAAGUACCAGAAGAAGCUGCCCUUCCUGUUCAAGGUGCUCUCUGUCAACAAGGCCUUGUCCAUCCAGGCCCACCCCAACAAGAAGCUCGCUGCCAAGUUGCACGAGAAGGACUCCAAGAACUACCCGGAUGACAACCACAAGCCCGAGAUGGCUCUCGCCAUUACUCCCUUCGAUGGUCUCUGCGGCUUCCGUCCCCUCGCCGAGAUUUCGCACUUCCUCGACAACGUCCCCAGCUUCAAGAGUCUGGUGGGAGAGGACGAGGCAAAGAAGUUCCAGGAGACUGUCAAGGGUCAGGAGACAUCGGACGACGAGUCCAAGGCUUCGGAGAACAAGAAGGCCCUGCAAGCUGCCUUCCGCGGCUUGAUGAAGAGCAAGCCCGAAGACAUUGAGAAACACGCAAAAGAUCUGAUCCAACAAGCAAAGGACGAGGGUGACAAGUUUGCCGGAAACGGUGGCCCUUCAAACAGCGGCAAGGAACUCUCCGACUUGAUGCUCAGACUCCAAGGCCAGUUCCCCGACGACAUUGGUCUGUUUGUCACCUUCUUCCUCAACUACGUCAAGCUCGAGGUUGGCGAGGCCAUGUUCCUCAAGGCCGACGACAUCCACGCCUAUCUCUCUGGAGACAUCAUCGAAUGCAUGGCCUCUUCUGACAACGUCGUCCGCGCCGGCUUCACCCCCAAGUUCAAGGACGUCGACACCCUUACCGACAUGCUCACCUAUUCCUACGCUCCCAUCAGCGAGCAAAAGAUGUCGCCUACCGACUACCACUUCGUCAAACUCAACACCACUGCGUACAGCUCCAGCUCGACCGCCACUCUCUACGACCCCCCGAUCGAGGAGUUCAGCGUCGUCAAGACCGACCUCAACCAGUCUGGUGCCAAAGCCACUUUCGAGUCCAUCGACGGCCCAAGCAUCAUCAUCUGCACAAAGGGCUCUGGCAAGAUCAGCGUCGGCCCCAGAGAGGAGGAGUUGAAGGAGGGAUACGUCUUCUUUGUUGGUGCGACUGCCGAAUGCGUCCUUGAGAGCUCUGGAGACGAGCCGCUGGUCACUUUCAAGGCCUUUUGCGAGUUGAACGGCAAGGAGAGCAAGAUCUGA